AUGCACUCCUCCUCGAUCUUCGAUUCUUGCUUCCUUCACUUUCUAUAUUUCCAUUGCUUCAGUCCCUGGUCAUUUACUGCACUCGCUUGACUUCUCCAGACUCUUGUUAUCUUGUAUUUGAGGGUGCUAGUCGUCCCUGUAUCCGCCCUUGUCGAUCUUGUACAAACGCAUCCUUUUCUCAUUCCUCCUUUUCUCAGAUCGCCCUCGCUUGUACCCCGUUUCGCUUUGUCUUGAAACGGGUUCCGAUUUCUAGCACGCCUCGUCGGUUCCUCUCAGGUAGAGUACGCGGACAAGCCUGCUUCUUCGGAUCUUCAUUCACUUUUGCCGCGUCACAAAAUACCUGAGGGAAUACUGCCGGCACUGCCCACAUUCUUUCACUCCCACUUGGGCCUUCGAGUGGCAUAGCUUGGCGGCAUGUCACAGAAAGGCCACUACAAGAGAUUUUCAAGAGAGGGAUUUCAGCCUCUUACCCAUCAGCAAUCCGGGGACAUGGCGAACCCUAACGACGUUACGAUUGAUAUCCCCUUGACCAAGGUCAGCACCUCUGGCAGCGCCACUGGUGCCCGCAAGGCCGAUGCCCUUUCUCCCUCCCGCUCCCAGUACAAUGGCGAAUUCUCCGAAAAGAUGGACGAGAAACAGGACCACCACUUCCACAGAGGCCCAGCAGGCAGGAGAAGAAGGCUGCAAGAUCGAGGACGGCAGAACCAGGACAAGGAGGACGGCACAUUGAACGCCGUGGGCAGAUUCUACAAGAGAGUCUACAACUUCUCUGUCCUGACCCGCUAUUUCAUCUAUGUCGCACCUCUUGCGUUGGCAAUCGCAGUCCCCAUCAUUGUUGGAGCCACGGUUGCUCCUAGAGCACGCAUUGGCGGCGUCAAGAUCGUGUGGUUCUUCACCUGGGUCGAGGUGGUUUGGGUCUCGCUGUGGGCCUCGAAAGUGGUGGCUCAUUUCUUACCGUUUCUCUUUCAGCUCAUUUGCGGAGUGGCCAGCCCUGGCACCAGAAAAUAUGCCCUCGUUCUCAGUUCGCUCGAGAUACCUCUCUCGCUGGUUGGCUGGGCCGUCACAUCAUUGGCAACGUUUGUCCCCAUCAUGACGUUAAAUCCUGACCAGAGAUCACGUGGUGAAACUGGCCUCAAGUCGUGGGAGUCCAUCGUCAAGAACAUUCUCUUUGCCUGCGUCUUCUCCACGUUGCUCUUGCUCGGCGAAAAGGUGCUCAUCCAGCUCCUCUCCAUCAGCUACCACCGGAAGCAGUUCGAUGAAAAGAUCAAAGACUCGAAGCGAAACAUUCAUCUAGUUGGAUUGCUCUACGAUGCUUCUCGAAAGCUCUUCCCGGAGUACUGUCGGGAGUUUGCCGAGGAGGAUUACCUCAUCAACGAUGUUUUGGACUUUGGGGAGCGGCACAGCAAUCGGAACAGCCUGAGGCCUGGCCACAAACGAUCUGGCUCGGCGACUCCAAUGAAGUUGAUCCAGAACGUUGCACGGGUUGGGGACAAGGUCACGGCAGCAUUUGGGAAUGUGGCCCAAGAAAUCACGGGCAAAAAGGUUUUCAAUCCCACGGCAUCGCACUCGAUCGUGGUCCACGCUCUGGAAAAGAAACACUCCGCCGAAGCCCUUGCACGGCGGCUCUGGAUGUCUUUCGUCCUGGAAGGGAAAGAUGCUCUGAGCCUGGAAGACAUCAUUGACGUCCUCGGACACGAUCGAGACCAAGAAGCUCACGAAGCCUUUGAGAUUCUGGACGUGGAUUGCAACGGAGACAUCUCGCUCGAUGAAAUGAUUCUUCGAAUCACCGAGUUCGGACGAGAGCGUCAAUCGAUCGCAAGCAGCAUGCACGAUGUCGACCAAGCUAUCAAUGUCCUCGACAACCUGCUGUGCACCGUCGUCUUUGUUGGUGUCAUAUUCAUCUUCGUCGCCUGGCUCAAUCACAAUUUUACGACCACACUCGCUACUGCAGGCACAGCGCUCCUUUCAAUGUCCUUUGUUUUCGCAACCACUGCUCAAGAAGUUCUUGGGUCUUGUAUCUUCCUGUUCGUCAAGCAUCCAUUCGACGUGGGUGAUAGAGUCGACAUUACCGAUGUCCAAUAUGUGGUGGAACGCAUGUCUCUUCUGUAUACCGUGUUCCGGCGUGUGAAGGAUCACAAGCGGACUCAAGUUCCCAACAUUAUCCUUAACUCUCUAUGGAUCGACAAUGUAUCUCGCAGCAAAGCCAUGCGCGAACAAAUCCAGCUCUAUGUCAGCUUCGACACUACGUUUGAAGAUAUCGAUUUGCUCAAGAAGGAAAUGACCAACUUUGUCCGAGAUAAAGACAACGCACGCGACUUCCAGCCGGAUGUCGACAUCGAGGUUACCGGCGUGGCGGAGAUGAACAAGAUGGAAUUGAGAAUCGAGAUCCGUCACAAAUCCAACUGGGCAAACGAGGCCGUACGAGCCGCGAGAAGAAACAAGUUUAUGUGCGCCCUCGUCCUGGCCAUGCGCAAAGUUCCACUUUAUGGACCAGGGGGUGCCGGUCCUCCUGCUGGUGAUAAGGCAAAUCCAACAUACUCUGUCGCGAUCAGCGACGAGAUCGCCAGGAAGAACAAGGAGGUGUUUGACGAGAAUUUAGAUAAGAAGAGACUCGUGCCCCUCCUGGAGCAGAACAAGCCGCACCUCGCCCUGUCCAAAGCAAAGUCACCUGACCACCUCAGCUCGGCAACUGGAACGGAACUUAAAGAAGCGUCUGCAGUUGAUCAUUUGGUCAAGCGGAAGGUGGCCGUUGACCCGGAAGAGGUUGUCGACCAUGAGCGAGAACUCCGAAUGGACAAGCAACGCUCGAAUGAUGUGGAGGAAGUACGAGACAUUCUCAGACGCGAGUCCACACGGGGCCGGCGACGAGCAGCUCGCCACAGCGGUCUCUCAGUACCAGGUUCCGAGAACGCAGGAGGCUCACGAACAAUCCCCACCAUCCCCGAUGUAUCACCCGAAGAGCCCAUGACUGCGACACUCUCGGCGCCUGCUAGGGUCAGCUAUUUCGAAGACACACCCCAUCCAGACCAAGUCCCUUCGGCUGGGCCGCAGGGCUGGACGACUGUAACACCACUGAACUACAAUGCAACGGGUGCGCAACCAUUCCAGCCACCCUCACCCCAGAUGUCCCAGGUAUCCGAGUCUGCCAGCCCAUCUCGAUAUGUCCCCGGCAACGCCUUCUCUCAGCGAGCUCAUGCCACGUCGCAAAUUCCUCGAAUGCCAGUGCCGGGAAUGCCUGAAAUGAAGAGAAACCUACAGACGCCGAACCCUUCUUCCCCACCGAGGUGAUGUGGUAAGAGAUUUUGGCGGCUGGACGAUACGAUAACAACCAACAUGAGUGAUACCAAAACUGGAGCUCCAUUUAAUGAAAUACAACACACAAAGUUGCAUGUGCGCGUGCAGACUGAGCUAUGAUUCGGCUGGCAUGGUAGAUACAGCAAGCUAGAGGGGUUCGGACCAUCUGUAUGAUAGUGCUAUACAAUCUGUCAAUGAUGACAAGACAAAGAGAUAGAAAAGAGACGCCCUGCGCGCUCUCGAUCCCAAGACCAGAAGUCUUCUAACUUGGACAUGUCAUUAGAAUGAGUCGACGUAGUAAUACAGGAGUAGUGUCUGAG